AUGAGCGUAGUGAUGGAGUUGAAGAGGGAGGAGCCUGGUGACGCCAUGGCGGGCGAUGCCAGUAGGGGCGGCGGUGCUGCCGUCCCAAGCCAGAGAGAGGCUUUGCCGCCCGGGGGCGGCGGGGCCUUUCCGUGGGAAACGGCCCGUGAUGGGCGAGAUCACCAGCGGGAAAGCAGCUGGGACAACAUACCGGGAGCGAGUCCUGAGGUUCCAGCGAGAGUGGCGGCUGGCUGGGCAAGUAGAUCGGGAGCGAAUCCUGAGGGGCCAGCCGGAAUGAGCCCGGGCGUAGGACCGGACCGCGGGGAAGCGAGGGGGUUAACCCCCCAAGGACCGAAGCGGGAUGACGAGAGUGGAGGGGAGUCGCCGGUGAGGGAGGCCAUCGGCAGCAUGGUGUGGGUGUCGACGUUCUCGCGCCCGGACAUCUCGUUUGCCGUGCGUGCGGUAGCGCGCCACGCCCAUGCCCCUGCCGAGAGGCACUGAAAGGCGAUCGUGAAGAUCCUCGCCUACCUCAAAGAGACGAGGGACCUCGGGAUCACCUACAAACGGGGAUCGGGGUUGGGGCUGGAGGUGUACGUGGACGCUAGCUACGCCGACGCUGAGGAUAGGCGUUCGGUGUCAGGGCUGGCAACAACGGUUGGAGGGACCGACAUCAGCCACGGUAGCAAGACGCAAGCUAUCGUAUCUCUGUCGUCUACGGAGGCAGAGUACAUUGCUGCCGGG